GGGGAAGGGAAGGAAGGAGAAAUGUGGGUAAGCCCCAGGCCAAGCUGCUGGUUCACCUCUGAGCACUGUGAGGCCACUUGGACUCACUGCCACAGCCUGGGCUCAUUCCUGGCUGGUGGCGGGUAUGAGGUUUCACCCCAGUUCCACUCCUCCUGGGGGCUGUCGAAGGCACAAUCCUCACAGCCUCUUUGAGGGUAAGCCAGCCAUAGGACCCCAGGCCGGUGCCUGCUCCCUCCCUCCCCCAGGGGCGCCAGGGAACCUGAGGUAAGGUCCCUUAUCCUCUGCCUGGUGAGUGAGAUCGUUGGCUGUGAGAGGCACAGAGUUGCCUCUUGGGCUUACCUUUGAGACACUGCCAGGAGGGGACAGCCAGUGGUAGAUGAGGGCCUCAGGGAGGGUCAGAGGAGAGGCAGUGGGGAUAGACCUAGGAAACUCUCCGGUCUCUAGGACUGGCAUUGAGCUGAGCAACAGAGAUGGGAGCCUUCCUACAGGGCUUUUCCCUAACCCCGAAUUCUCACCCCAGCAGCUUCUUCCUGUGCCCUGGGAAAAGGGAUGUGGUCUCUGCACUGCCUAAAAGGGUGCCUAGGUUGCGGGUGACUGCAAGGAGUCUGACAGGUGCUGCCGGAAACACAAGCAGUGCACUGGGCACAUCAUCUACCCCUUUGCCUCUGACUGUGGCCGCCACAGCCUGCACCUACACUCUGUCAAGCACUGCGACUGCAAUUCUAGGUGACACAGCCCCCCACUUGGAGAACCCAUGGCAGAGCCAUGUCCAGACUUUCAUUGUGGUCCCCCCUUCAACCUUUGGUUUAGCCUCUUCAGCUUUGACCUGGUGCUGCUGGCCCAGCCCCAGCUCUCCACACAUUGCUUUGCUCUAAGAGCAAUGGGGAGGAGGUCUGUUGGUGGCCUGGGCCAGGCCCAGCGGAAGCCCACUGUCCUUCAGGCUUCUGGCUCUGGGUCCCUGGGAGAGUGAUGGGAGACAGGCUGAGAGUCCCAUGUAUGGCAGGCGGAAGGACUGCUCAGAGAAUAGCAGCAGCUCCUGGGGCGGGGGCCCAACCUGCUCCCGUGUCAUCAAGUCCCCUUGCUUUGAGCUCACCCCGGAGGAGGAGCAUGUGGAGCGGUUCUGGUAUGGCUGGUGUGAAAGCUACAGACCUGUCUCCGUGGCAGUGAUCCACCAUCCCCUUCACCAUGAGUGUGGGGCAGAUGAUGUAAAUGAAGAAGAGGAAGAGGUGGAGGAAAGCAAGCCUCCUAUCCCGGCGCAGGUGGGGCCCGCCACUGCCUCCCCUGACCUAGGCACCACCAUGGCCACUGGUACCCCUGACUCUGCAGCACCCAUCACCAUCUGGCGCUCUGAAAGCCCCACAGGGAAGGGCCAGAGCAGCAAGGUGAUCAAAAAGGUAAAGAAGAAAAAGGAAAAAGAGAAAGACGAGGAGGACACAGAUGAGAAGGCAAAGCUGAAGAAAAAAGCCAAGGGCAAAUUGACUAAGAAGAAAAGCCCGGUUAAAUCAGAGCCUUCCCCUCCAGACGUGAGCCGAUCAUUAAGCCCAAGACAGCUGGCCAGGAUGUCUGAGUCCAGUCCAGAAAGCCGGGAAGACCUGGAGAGCGAGGACAGUUACAGUGGCCGGGGGCAGGCGCACCCGUCCAGCGAGGAUAAUGUGGAAUCGUCAUCACCCAGGAAGAGAGAGAACACAGUCCAGGCCAAGAAGACAGGGGCAAAGCCCUCACAAACCAGGAAGGUAAACAAGAGAAAAUCUCCCCCAGGAUCAAACCCCAAUCUCAGUUGAGGCCAGGGUGCAGAAUAAAUGCCAUAGAGCCUGUGACUGGCCCCCUG